UUUGUCAUUUAGUUUUGUCAAAAUGGCGUUUAGCUUUCCUGCCUUUUCCUAUAUUAUAGCCCUUAUAAUAGACGCAUUCCUUAUAUUUUUCUCGAUUUUCCAUGUGAUAGCUUUUGAUGAACUUAAAACUGAUUAUAAAAAUCCAAUAGAUCAAUGUAACAGCCUCAACCCGCUAGUCCUGCCGGAAUAUCUGCUCCACCUGUUUAUAAACGUGUUAUUCCUGUUAUCGGGAGAAUGGUUUUCGCUGUUGAUAAACGUACCUUUGAUUCUGUAUCACAUACACAGAUACCGCACGCGGCCAGUUAUGUCAGGGCCUGGCCUGUAUGACCCCACAAGCAUAAUGAAUGCAGAUGUUCUGACAGUUUGUCAAAGAGAAGGCUGGAUCAAAUUGGCGUUCUACCUCUUGUCAUUCUUUUUAUAUUUAUACGGAAUGAUUGUGGUGCUGAUUGCAGCAUAAUUUGGAUGGCAGACCCUAAUGUUAAGUGGUUUACUGUUGUUUAUAUUUAGCACUCCUUAAGUCAAAUAGUAUGAGGAACAAAUUUGUGUAAACAGUGUAAACACCCUGACAGAGAGACUCAUCAUUUUACUUAUCUGUAUGUAUCGGCAAAUCUGUGACAAUACAUACUUUUUUUUUCUUACAGUUCAGUUUACUUCCAUUGUAAUGAACACUUGAAAAAUUCAAACUCAAAUGUAUCAGGUAAAAUAAUUAAUUAUUGUUGUGUAAAAUAAACCAAAAUGUAGAUUAGUAGCAUUUAAAUAUGUCAUCCCUGCCUAAUAGCAAAUUUAUUGUAAAUUAUUACAGGUCAUGAAAUUAUUGUAAUAUGUAUUUUCUAUGUUAACAAUAUUUUGUGGAUCAAAGAUAAUUACAAAAUCGUAUUGUUGAUAAGUACUUAAUAAAAUCUGAUCAUAAAUGAACCUAUCAAUACUAACAAUGUAUUAAUUAUCAUGCCUAGUUCCACUCGGGUAAGUGUGAUGAAUAUAAUGAUAACAGCAUAUCUAUUAUCUGUUACUUUAUCCUGUUGCUGUUUAUUUAUAUCAAUGUCUGUCGGGGUAGUUGCCCUAUACUGUUGCGAUUCUAGCAACUGUUUGUGAAUGAAAGUAUUUUAUUAAUAAAAAUUACUGCUAAUAAUUUAUGUA